AUGGCCUCCCCUGCUCAGCAACUUCCUCCAGGAUGGGCGGCAGAAUGGGAUCAAAAUGCCCAACGCUACCUCUUCAUCGAAACCGCGACCGGGAGGACGCAAUGGGAGCCCCCCUUCCCCGAUCCUGAAGGCAUGAACCCCGCGAUGGCACAGGCACCAAGCACAUCCCCUCCUCCCCAGCCCUCGAAGCGUAGGCAGUAUGCCGCCGGCCAGACCCAGGCAUACUAUGGCGCCGACACCAUGGGCCCACCAGCGCCCUCAUACGGCCCAGGACCCGGCCAGCCUGCUCAGCCCUCCCAGCUCUUCACCCCUGGGCUCGCAAACGACGGCCAGUUCUCGCAGCAGCAGAUGGGCGGCCAGCCCGGCCAAGCCCCGUACUACGUCGGCGGGCCUCAAGAGCCUGAAUACAUCAACGCGUCUGGCUUCGGUCAGGUCCCAGCGUAUCAGCCAGGCGCAGUCGACCAGCUCGCCGGCCAGUUCUCCCAGAUGGGCAUGGGCCAGCAGCCGGCGGGUCUCCGGCUGCUCACCACGAACCUGCUCAACGCACCGCCCGAACCUCUCGAGCUUCACCGCCCACCACCUGCGAUAAUUCUCCCACCGAACGCGGCGGUGUCGAACUCGCCAUUCUCGAACUCGGACUCGUCGUACCAGCGCUGCACGCUCAACGCGAUCCCGACGUCAAACUCGCUUCUGAGCAAGGUCAAGAUCCCACUCGGCCUCGUGAUCACUCCGUACCGCUCGCUCAAUGAAGGGGAGGAGCCUGUGCCCCUUGUCACGGACACGGUUAUCGCGCGGUGCAGGAGAUGCAGGACGUACAUCAACCCUUACGUGCAGUUCAUCGAUGGCGGCAACCGCUGGCGAUGCUGCAUGUGCUCAAUGUCGAAUGAGGUUCCACAACUCUUCGACUGGGACCAGGUCCGGAAUCAGCCCGGCGACCGCUGGGCGCGCGCCGAGCUCAACCACGGCGUCGUCGAGUUCGUCGCCCCCACCGAGUACAUGGUCCGACCUCCACAGCCGGCGGUCUACGUCUUCCUCAUCGACGUCAGUCACAACGCGAUCGAGUCCGGCAUGGUCGCGACCGCGACACGCACCAUCCUCGAGAACUUGGAUCGCAUCCCGAACGAAGACUCGCGCACGAAGGUCGCGUUCAUCGCGUACGACGUGUCCCUUUACUUCUUCUCGCUCCCUGCCGGCACAACUGACUCUCAGAUGCUCGUUGUCUCGGAUAUCGACGACGUGUUCUUGCCGAAGCCAACGGACCUGCUUGUCAACCUUGCGGAGAGCCGUCCAGCAAUCGAGCACCUGAUGGGGAGGUUGAAUGAUAUGUUUCAAGAAAACCACAUCAUUGGGAGUGCCAUGGGACCUGCUCUCCAGGCUGCAUUCAAGCUGAUGUCGCACAUUGGUGGCAAGAUUGUCACGCUCUCUGCCAGUCUUCCAUCGCUUGGCGCUGGUGCUCUGAAGAACAGGGAGGAUCCUAAGGUCUUGGGCACGUCCAAGGAGUCUGCACUACUCCAAGCCGCGUCGCCAUUCUACAAGACAUUCGCCAUCGAGUGCUCAAGAGCCCAGGUGGCCGUCGACAUGUUCUUGUUCAGCGCCGCAUACCAAGAUGUGGCGACCCUCGCUUGCUUGCCCCAUUACACCUCUGGCCAGACUUACUUCUACCCUGCCUUCAACGCGGGUCGGACGGAUGAUGCUAUCAAGUUCGCGCACGAGUUCGGCGAAAUGCUGGCGAUGCCUAUCAUGCUGGAAGCUGUCAUGCGUAUUCGCGCCUCGAAGAACCUACGCAUGUCGUCAUUCCAUGGCAACUUCUUUGUGCGGUCAACGGAUCUCCUCGCCAUGCCCUCUGUUCCCCAGGACCUGUCAUACGCGGUCGAGAUCCAGAUCGAGGACAACAUCACUGCACCCUUCGUCGUUCUCCAGACUGCCAUCCUUCACACAACCUGCUACGGCGAGCGCCGCAUUCGUGUCGUCACCACUGCGCUGCCUACGACGAGCAACCUUUCGGACUUGUUUGCGUCUGCAGACCAAGUCGCGAUUGCGACGCUCCUGGCGAACAAGGCAGUCGAGCGCUCGCUCACGCACAAGCUCGAGGACGCGCGCGACGCGCUGUUCAACAAGAUGGUCGAGAUCUUGUCGGCUUACAAGGGCAGCAUGACUGCGGCAGGUGCAGGCGCGAGCGCACAGCUUGCGAUCUCGGAGAACCUGAAGAUGUUGCCUGUUCUCACGCUUGGGCUGCUCAAGAAUGUUGGCAUCAGGCAAAGCGCGCAAAUCCCACCAGACCUCCGCGCAUACGCCCAGUGCCUCCUUACGACCCUCCCGCCCCAGACCCUCAUGCCCUACAUCUACCCUGCAUUUUAUUCUCUCCACAACAUGGCUCCAGAGUGCGGUACGGUCGGCGAGCAGGGCAUCAUCAUGCCCAAACCCCUUCCCCUUACUUCAGAAUGUCUGGAGCGCCACGGCCUUUUCCUUAUCGAGGACGGCCAGACGAUCUUCCUCUGGGUCGGUCGGGACGCUAUACCGCAGCUCAUCAUGGACGUCUUCAACCUCCCCAGCUACGAGGUUCUCCGUGGCGGCAAGACCACGCUGCCCCUGCUCGAUAACCCGUUCUCACAGCGAGUCAACGGCGUCAUCCAAAAGACGCGCGAGAUGCGCCGGGGCGUGUACCACCCACAUCUGUACAUCGUCAAGGAGGACGGCGAGCCGCCGCUCCGUCUCUGGGCCCUCAGCUGCCUCAUUCAGGACCGCGCAGACGUCCUACCAAGCUAUCAGCAAUUCGUUUCGCAAUUGCGCGACAAGGUGAACGGGUCGAGUUACUGA